GAUUCUGAGAUUAUGUGGAGAGACUAUGCCAACAGGGUGGUGACAUGGGUAACGGCAAUUGGGGACAUCUCCAUCAACUUUGCCCCAGCACCGUCCUCGGCUGUCUGGUCAGCUGUCAAAGUACUCUUAAAGGCAAAUGUGUCCCAAUGCGAGGACCUUACGGCUAUCUUUGGAUGUGCUGAAAAAGUCCUACGGCUUAUUAGGCAUGGCAAUGUAUACGAAGAGGUAUACCUCAGUGACGGCUCUUAUAAUACGGCAACACAAAAUCUACAGGAUGCGCUUGUUGAUCUAUACAAGGCAUUAAUGGAGCUCUUAGCUCACGCCUUUACGCGCUUAAACGAAGGGCAAGGGAAGCAGUUCUUGCGCGCCCUCGUCUCUGGUGGAGAGGGGGCAAAGCUAGUAUCGGCACUGGCGGAGCAAGAAAGUAAGGUAUCAAUGGCAGCUCAAGGUUGUGGUGCAGUUGCGUCUCAAGAACACCAAAAGCUUCUCAAGAAUCUUGAUGAACCAUUGAGGAGUGUUGAAGAUGCCGUAAAGAAGCUGCUUGAGAAGAUUGAGGAUGGUGCAUUGGAACAAGCGCUAGAAUAUAUUAGCGACAUACCAAUCGGCGAGCAUCAGCAAGAAAAACGUGAAGCAAGAACCCCUACGACAUGCGAAUGGUUAUUAAAUCAUUCUAGAUUUAUUGAAUGGGAAAGAUCAAGUCAUUCUUCGACUCUAUGGCUUCAAGGCAAUGUUGGCGCAGGGAAGUCUUUUCUUACCUCAAAAGUAAUUGAUCACCUUCCUGCCACCCGUCAGCAGCAAGUCGAGGACGAUGAAGGUUUUGCAUACUUCUAUUGCAGUCGAUCAGAUCCUGUGCGUCGACAGACGAAGUUUAUCCUUAGAAGUUAUAUUUCUCAGCUUGCUAGGGUACCAAACCAUCCAACCAUGAUAGAAAAAAAAGUUCAUACCUUAUACCUUAAGGCGAGGAAGGAGAAAAGAGGCUUUAGUACUGCCGAAUGUGAGACGGCUUUGCUUGAGCUGAUAAACUUCUACUCUCGGACCAUCUUGAUCUUAGACGCUCUGGACGAAUGCGAGAUGGAUACUAGAGAGGCGCUUGCUCGCAUUUUUUGCAGUCUCGUCGGCAGGGGUAAAGGCACUGUCAAAGUUUUCAUUGCUAGCCGCAAAGAGGCUGAUAUUGAAGAAUACCUUGGUUUGCAGAGGCUGGUUGAGAUUACUACCGCCGAUAAUAAGGAUGACAUUGAGAAGUAUAUUGAAGAGGAGGUAACCAAAAUUGGCGGUGCAUGGAGGUCAGUUUCAGUGGAUGUUAAGGAACAAGUUAAGAAAACGAUUGGAGAGAAAAGUGAUGGAAUGUUCCGGUGGGCAUACCUGCAAUGGCAGCAGCUUAAAACGUUAAGAACCAACGAACGCAUCCGUGAGCGGCUUGGAAAGCUCCCUGAAAGUCUCACAGAAGCCUACGAUGAGAUCUAUUCAAAGAAUGAAGAAAAGGACGUGUUGGAACGGGUGGUCAAAUGGGUGUUAUGCGCUAGAAAGCCAUUGACAAGCAAACUCCUUCUAACAGCCAUUCGCUUGGAGAGCAAUCUCCGGUCCUUUGCUCUAUCGAAUCCCCUCGGCGAGAGCAACAUUCAGUCCCUUAAUCUAUCAGAUCCCAUCGACGAGUCAACCUUGGAGAGUAUCUGCUCACACUUGGUUGUCCUAGACACUCAACUGAAAGUGUGGAAAUUUCCGCAUGCAUCAGUUGCAGAGUAUUUUGAGAAUCAGCACAAGAGCUGGAUAGAUAAAGCUCCUGAAGAUGUGGCAAUUCUGCUGGUUUCGUCUCUAAUAGAUUGCUACUCGAAAUGGACACUGCCUGAAUCGGAUGAUGAGAUUGAAGAGUUCUUCAAGAUGACGCCAGAUCUUGAAAAUCAUCUAGAUCCACGACAUCCUCUUCAAUUAUAUGCGAGAAGAUAUUGGUUACAACAUCUGCAAAACACUCCAAACCAGAGCCAGGAGGCGACAGGUCUAUCAGAGAUUCUCAAAUGCUUUUUGGGAGCGAAUGGUCCUCAAAAAUCCUCCAGCCGACAAUAUCAAGCAUGGUGCAGACACAUGAGCCUCACUUAUGAUCUUGUUCACGACCACCAUAGGGAUAUACGGCCAUCAGAGAAGUCCAUCUUUGGCAUCUGUAUUCUUGGCCUCCACAAGUUGCUCAAGGGCUGGUGGGAUAAAGACAUUAAUGUCUCGCAAGUCAAUAGCAGGAGACUGGAUUUACUCGCAAUCGCUGCGAGGUACGGCCAUGAUGAACUUUGUUCUGAGCUCAUUAGCCGGGGAAGCGAUAUAAAUAAAAAGCUGGAUGGUGGUGAGGGAAGCGCGUUGAUGGAAGCUAUUCAUGGGCGACAAAUUCAAACGGUAAAGCUGCUCCUAGACAAGGGUGCUGAUCCAAACCUUAUCGGAAGCGCGGAUCCCAACAUCACCUGCCCACGCUGCAUGUUUGGUUGCGCCUUGGAAGCAGCUGCCUACCAGGAUAAAUUUAAUUCAGCAGAGCUCCUGAUAAAAUGCGGAGCAAAUGUGAACUUGGCGACUGAAAGAAACUGGUGCGGCAGUCUUCUAGCAAGAGCCGCAUACUGGGGUUCGCUGAAGUGUGCAAAGCUUUUCGUGACAAAAGGAGCCGAAGUGAAUGCGCACCUCAGCGGAGAUUAUGGCAGUGUUUUGGCAGCUGCGAUAUUGGGGUACAUACCAAGCGUUGAGAUGGUCAAGUACUUGAUUGAGGAGGCAGAGGCGGAC